AAAUUCAACUUUUAGGUAGCGAGAAAGCACCUGGAAAGCGAUCGAUUGGGGGAAAAGAACGGAGUCGCGCCGUCGUCUCGUCUCGCCGGAACUCGAAUCUCCGGCCGCCUCUGUUUCCUCUUUCCGAUUUAAUCUCCUUUCAUCGGAACUCUCCUAUCUCCGAUUACGAUCGUCAUCAGAAUCUGUGAAAAAGGAAUUGAAAAUUAGAAGGCAUGGUGGGAUUUUUCGCGAUUCAGUUAGAGAUUUCCGCUAGGUUACUCUGGACUACCAGCUUCUUCCGCCAUAAGCGAUCGUGAUAAUCUUUGUUCUUCCUUGUUUCGAGAUUACUGUUCUGUUUGUGUUUAACAUUUAGGUUAGUACUAAAUCAUCAAAUUUCAAAUUCCAUACAACUUCCACUUCUACACCGCCGGAAUUGGACGAAAUUUGAAUGGAAUCCGGCCGGUUCUUGUUCAAUCCCCCGGCUUGCGGCGGCAACAUGCUUUGCCUUGGCGGGGCCGGUGGUGGCGAUCGUUUUCUGCGAGAAGGAAGAACAAUGAUGAGCAUGAGCAUGAACAUGAGCAUGCAAGAGAGUUCAAAGGGGAGACCGUUUUUCAGAUCCCCUGAUGAUCUUUACGACGAUGAAUAUUACGACGAGCUUUACCCCGAGAAGAAGCGCCGUUUGGCCAAUGAGCAGGUUCAAAUGCUGGAGAAGAGUUUUGAGGAAGAGAACAAACUGGAGCCAGAGAGGAAGUCCCAACUAGCCAAGAAGCUGGGGCUGCAGCCAAGGCAGGUGGCCGUGUGGUUCCAGAACCGCCGUGCCCGGUGGAAGACGAAGCAACUCGAAAGGGACUAUGAUGUUCUUAAAGCUUCAUAUGAUUUGCUUAUGUCAAACUAUGACUCCAUUGUCAAAGAGAAUGCGGUGCUUAAAUCUGAGGUGGCUUCCUUGACUGAGAAAUGUGUAGCUAAAGAGCUUGAUGGAGGAGAAGCACCAAUUCCAUGUACGACUUCGGAGCCUCUUCGAGCAGACACUGCCCACGUCUCUGCCCCACACUCCGGUGGCUCCGGGAGAAAGGCUGAAGAUCGUCUAAGUUCAGGGAGCGAUAGCAGUGCAGUGAUUGACGAUAAUUGUCUACAACUCAUCGACAGUGGCGAUUCUUACUUCCCGAGUAAUGAGUAUCCUCUACCUCCUGGGCUGCAAAUGGAACAUGAUGACAGGAAUUAUAAUAGCAAUUACUUGUUCUCAGAUAUGUUUGCAGAAACAAACCAACAGAACCAGGAGGGGGGGCCUCCAGCUUGGUGGGCAUGGCCUUAGGAUUGAAUGUUCUUCAACUUGUUACAGCUUGAUGAUGCUUAUACAAAAUGUUUGAAAGUUCAUAUUUACUUGUUUGUAAUGAAUAAAGUUUAGGUAGAAACGUCUACUUGACACUAAAAUGUCAUAGACGUAUAGAUACUCUGGAUGCCUGUGUUUUCAAUUCAUCAUGAAAUAGAAAUUGAAAGUUGUUGUAACGAUCC